GCCCUUGUCUCCAAAUUGAAACCAUUGCUGUUUAUAGCACAUUAAGUGUGGCUAAGACUAUCUUACUAACCAACAUUCUUAGAACAAAUACAAGUAUGACAAGUUUGUAUUUGCUUUGUAAUGAAAUUUGUGAUGACGGUGCCGCUGCUCUGGCUGAGUGUUUGAAAGAGAAAACAUCUCUGACAAAUUUGAAUUUGUCUUUCAAUAAAAUUGGUGAUGACGGUGCUGCUGCUCUAGCUGAGUGUUUGAAAGAGAAAACAUCUCUGACAAAUUUGAAUUUGUCUUUCAAUGAAAUUGGUGAUGACGGUGCUGCUGCUCUGGCUGAGUGUUUGAAAGAGAAAACAUCUCUGACAAAUUUGAAUUUGUCUACUAAUGAAAUUGGUGAUGACGGUGCUGCUGCUCUAGCUGAGUGUUUGAAAGAGAAUACAUCUCUGACAUAUUUGAGGUUGAGUUUUAAUAAAAUUGGUGAUGACGGUGCUGCUUCUCUGGCUGAGUGUUUGAAAGAGAAUACAUCUCUGACAUAUUUGAGGUUGAGUUUUCUUAAAAUUGGUGAUGACGGUGCCGCUGCUCUGGCUGAUUGUUUGAAACAGAAUACAUCUCUGACAUAUUUGCGUUUGAGUUCUAAUAAAAUUGGUGAUGCUGGUGCUGGUUCUCUGGCUGAGUGUUUGAAAGAAAAUAAAUCUCUGGAAAUGUUAGACUUGGAUGAAAAUGACAUUGGUGAAGCUGGUGCUGCUGCUCUAGCUAAGCGUUUGAAAGAGAAUACAUCUCUGACAAGUUUGCAUUUGAGUUCUAAUGAAAUUGGUGAUGACGGUGCUGCUGCUCUGGCUGAGUAUUUCAAAGAAAAGAAAUCUCUGAGAACGUUGAAUUUGGAUGAAAAUAACAUUAGUGAAGCUGCUGCUGCUGCUCUGGCUGAAUGUGUAAAAGAAAAUUCAACCCUGAAAAUGUUAUAUCUAAAAAAUUUAACAAAACUGAGAAAGUUGUAUUUGUAUAGGAAUGAGAUUAGUGCUGAUGGUGAUGCUGCUCUGAAUGCUGCACAAGAAUGUCAUCCAUCUCCGACAAUUUACUCUGAUAAAGAGGAUAGGAAGCGUUAA